UGAGGACUGAGAUUUGCUUUUGCAAAAAAAGAAACUUGAACAGUCAUAGUUACGUUAUGAACAAACCAACAUUCAAGUAUCCACUUGUUUUAUUUGUUAAAAGUGAAUGGAUGAAAUGUCAACAGAUAAAAGCUAAACUAUGUCAUACGAAUGAAUACUAAAUAUUAGCUCUAGGCAGUGAAGGGUUUGGAGGAGCUGUCUCUGGUUCAUGCAGGUGUAUGGAGGAGGCAGGCGUGUGCUGACAGGAGCUGACACUCAAAAACACUCCCCAAACGCAUGACUUCCUCAAAUCUUCCUCUUUAGCUAUGCAUGGAGUGUAUUAGUGACUUUUAGACAUUUUCCCGGUCCUGUUCAGGAUGUCCUCAACACCGAGAAUGAGAGAUGAACAUGUUGGUAAAGACAAGAAGUGCGCACAAAAAACCCAAGAUGAGAAGCAGGCAGUCCAAGAGAGAACUUUUACCAAGUGGAUAAACGUGCAUUUGAAGAGAUGUGACCUACAGGUUUAUAACUUAUUCACUGAUAUUCAGGAUGGAAAGAUUCUCAUGGCUCUACUAGAGGAACUGUCAGGCUGUAAUAUGCUUGAUAAAUUCAGGCCAUUUCCACAUCGCAUCUUCAGACUAAACAAUAUUUCUAAGGUCUUGAAUUUCCUCGAGGACAGAAAUGUUAGCCUUAUACAAAUUGAUGCUAAUGAUAUUGCAGAUGGCAAUCCUUCAGUUGUUCUCAGGCUAAUCUGGAACAUCAUUGUGUACUAUCAGAUUAAACAGGUCACAGGAAGCCUGGAGAAGUUCCCAUCCACCUUCAGUCUGCUGUCAUUACCUUGUGGCAGCGAUUCUUCAGGUUGUAGUUCUCCAGCAUCACCUGGAGAUGACAGUUUUGAAACUCUACCCUCAAAAGGCAAAAGGUCAUCUCAAAGUCUCAAAUACCGCAGUACAGCCAUAAAGACUCUGCUUAGCUGGGCACAGAACUGUACUGCAAAAUAUGGGGUAGAAAUUAGCGAUUUUGGUAAAAGCUGGAAGAGUGGAUUGGCAUUUCUGGCUCUGGUUAAAUUCUUCUGUCCUCAAUUUGUGGACAUGAGGAAAGCUUUGUCUUCUGAGCCCCGACUAAAUAUGGAGACAGCCUUCACAUCAGCGAAUGAGUGGCUGGGGAUUCCUCCACUGCUGGAUCCAGAUGAUCUUGCAGUGCAUUCACCAGAUGAGCAGUCUGUCAUCACUUAUGUAGCCCAGUUUCUUCAAUGUUGUCCAGGCCAUGAUGAGGACAGUGCAUCAACAGAUUCCUCUCUAGGCACACCAAAUUUCAUUGAAAGAUCGGAAAGACAUUGGACUGAUUCAGUUAGCUGCAUGUUACCAUCUAAUAUCUCUACUGAAGCUUUGAGAGGACUUCAUAACUCUUCUGAGACCAGCCAAGAGGAACAAACCUACCAUACUGGAGAUCAAGAGUUCAGCUCAGAGUCACUGCCUGCCUGUCCUUCAGACAGCCCUGUGGGUUUAGCUGCUCUGUCUGAACAUUUCCUCACCACGAAGAGCUCCAGCUGGUCAAAUGGACAAUCCCUGUCAGACUCCACUGGGGGGCAGUAUUGUGACUAUUUAGCAUGGGAGAAAGGCUAUUUGGGAAACCUGGAUAAUGACGGGAACUGUUCAGAGAUUUCAAAAGAGGGUGUUUAUGCUAUGCCAAUGCUGGAUUCAGAUGAAGAGGAUGCAUAUAGCUAUAUAUUAGAGCUGGACCAUAAAGAAGCUGGACUAGAGACAGAUGUCGACCUUGAAUUAAAUACAAUUAUGGACACACAGGGAAUAGAGUUUGCCAGUACAUUUGAAUCUCAAGGAAGUGAAAUAAACUCAUUGUGUCAUUUUUGUGAGACGCAGAGGCAGUUAAAGCCUACAGACGUAUUAACUGGGUCGGCUGACGACAAAAGUGAAAACAUCCCUGAUUUAGAAAAAUCUUCACCCUCUUCUGACACUUUGCUGAUAAAUCAGUUUGCUAAAAAUAUUCAAAUAUCAUCAACCAAUGAACAUUUGGACUUGGAAAAUUCAUUUAAAAUGAAGGAGAGUAUUUACUCAGAUGCAUUUAAUCUCACUCACGGUGUUGGUGUUGGUGAUGCAUUUGUGCCACCAGUGAAAAAUGGUCUAGAUAAGGAUAAAAUCAGAGAGGACCUUUUCCCCGGGGGAGUGAAGGAUGUUCAAUCAGAUAAUGACCAAUAUGAGCAAAACAGAGUUUUGGAUCGAAGAGUUUUGGAUAGAAUUAAAGGAGAACCUGCAGUUUCACAGAGGAAGGGGGGUCUUGACCUAACUAGUUAUGAGGUUCAUGCGCUUCUGUUCCUCUGGAUGAUCGCCUACUGCAUCCUUAUGUAUCCUCACCUGGAUAUUCUCAGUCUAUUCAACCCAAAAUAGCAGUACAUUCCAAAUAUAUUUGCAAGGUUUUACAGAGUACUGCACUCUGGGUCCACACACACAAACUCUCACUUUAUCUCCUUCUCAGACCUUUGGGUAUGCUAACUCGUUUCUGGGUUUUAGAACUCAUUUCUGCAGCACUCAAAAAAUAUUCCCUUUUUUGUUGCUGUACCUGUAAGAUAUCUAUGUAGCCUACAUUACUGUCCUUGCACGUGACAUGAGAAACAAGGUUCAGUGUGCUGUAGUUGCCUCAUCCUUCAAUAACAGCCUGCAAAUCUUGCCUUACUUUGUAAAUGUUUCACAAAAAAAAAAAAAAAAACAACAAUAACAAAAAAUAAUCUGUAGUAAAAUACGCAAACACAGAGUCUGUUCCAAAAAUCCAUGAGCUACCCAACCGCCUUCUAAGAUAGUAAUAUCCUAAAAUAUGGAAUCUUAUAACUGACAGAUUUAACACUAUAUGAGCAGCAACUAUGCACAACACAAAGUGAUUUCAACAGAGUUGCACCUUUCUUCUAAUAUUCAUAAUAAUGCAUAGAACACACGUAAAUUAAGUUAAACAUGUUUUGAUUUUAUUAUUAUUUAAAUUGGCUUUCAUCAAUGGUUUCUGGUACUGAAUGAAUUAUAUUAACAAACAACAUUUCUCUUUUUCCUCCAUCCAGGUUUUUUUUUUUUUUUUACUCAGUUAUAGAUGGUUAUUUUGGCACGUACUGAUAGUUAUUUUGGUUUCAAGCAAUGAAAUAAAUGUUAGUUCUGUGGUACACUGCAUACGUUUAUCAAACUGUUUUUAUUAUUUCAAUAUUAUUUUUGUAAAUAUAAAAAUUUUAUAUCACCCUUAUGUUUAUUUAUUUUUUUAA